CGCGCAAUGCGCAUAACGGCGCGAGAGAGCGAAGUGGCCGUACGUCUGUGGCGAGACCCUCAAUAUUACGACGCGAGUGACUGUGACAGGAACCGUGCGAAAUACUAAUAAAGUUCCCCUGUGACCGUGUUUGUGUGCUUCAUUUGUUGCUUAUCCAUACAUCUUGUUAUCCAAUCUACUGUUGACAUCUAGGUAGUAAAACAUCUCGUGGUCUUGGAAGACGACGCGAUCCGACUAGAUUGCGGAGAUGAGGCGUGCGUGAGGGCGGCGGCAUGGGGCAGGCGGGCAGCCAGCCGGCCGCAGCGGGCCCGCAACGAGCGCGCCGCGGGGACCCACUGCCGCACGAGCCGCUGCGACUAGCGCCCAAGGUGCUGCCCUCAUUGCCGGAGUCGCCCUGCUUGCGCAGCACAGACAACGGCGCCAUCCUGCACUCAGGGGGCACCAUCAGCGGCCGCAGACCUGCCUCCGGCCUGCAGGAGAGCUGGCGCUCGCACAGGUUCGGGCACCCGAAUGCGUAUAGAUCCCGGUCGGGAGGCGGCGUGGGGGGCGCUGAGGAGACGCGGUCAAGAGAGCGCGAUCCCCUCCACCGCUCUUAUACAAACCUCGGCUAUAGGAACAACGAUAAUGGCAGCUUGAAUAAACGGUUCGGAUCCGAACCUGACUUAAGGAUAGAAGAGCAACAAAAACAGAAAAGCAAUAACAAACAUUUUAGGAAAAAAUAUCGAGCGCCCCCACCGCCCAGUAACCGUCGGGAUGGUUCAUCUCCCGAUUCCAGUCUGGGAAAGGCGCGACCGGAACCCCAAAGAAAACUCAGAUUAUUUAAAACCAGAAAUGAAACCAAAAAGACGAACGGCCACCCUGACUCCAAAAUCCCAACAUAUAGAAACACUUAUACUGAUUUUAAAUCAUUAGACUUGAACGAUCAAUCAUUCGAGAGAAGAUACAAGUCACCGUGCAAAAGUAAGGACCAGCACCUGAAGUACCCUGACAAUAAGGAUAUGAUGCAGAGUUCUGUCUCAUUGAAACGAGAAGAACGGUUGCUACAGAACAAACAGGAGGCGAGGCGGGUGAGGACGGAUGUAGUCAGCGGCUGCAGAGCCAAGACUUCUAAAACUAACGACCAGAGCGAGGCGUGGAAGACACCGCUUCUAAUCAGAAAUUUCAGAUACUCUGAGAGAUUUAAAAAAGAUGACAGCGAUCAUCCGUCAUUAAGAAGAGAGAAAACUUUUGAUAAUUCAUUAAUCGAACAUGACAGAGAUAACGACGGACCCAAUAAGGUAUUCGAAAAAGGUAUAAAGACUGUGGGAGAUCAAAAGAACGGCAAAGUAAGUGCACUGACUGACAGAAACCAGCCACUAAGAAAAUCUCUUCCUUCAUUAUUACCAAGAAAUGAAGAAAAAGAUGAAUUUCAAACAGAACUCAAAAAGGCUACAAAUAGAAUAAGAAACGAAUUAGGGAAUAAAGUUAAUUUAAGUGAAAGCAAAACUAGUCAGCUUAAUAAAUUCAAUGUAGAAAAAUCGAACCCAACGAAAACUGCAGUUCAGGCUAAAGUCAAAGAAUCUAGUCUUAAGAGAGGCGUAGCCAGCACAAAGCCGGAUGCACAAAUCACGAACAACAGAAGGCCUUUAACAAGGACACAGGACGUAAAUUCGAAAUCAAUCCCACAGAGCAAUAUUACUAAAAAUAAUGAAAUCAGUAAAUUUAAGAUGAAUGCAAAGGAAAAUAAUAAACCUAUGCCAGAUAGAGGACAAGCUUCCGGCAAAGAGUCGACGCCGGAACACUCACCCAAUAGGAAACGUGACACAGCGACCAAUAAUUCACAGCAAAAGCAAAAGUCAGCACCAUCGAAACAAUUCUACUUUGGCAUGAUCGAGAGCGAGCAGUCGAAGCCGCGGGACCACACGAAAGACUUCCCGGGUCUGGGUUGUCCCAUCAUCGAGGAGUUCGACAACUUCCACCUCAUAGAACAGAAGCUGCUCAGCUACCGCGAAGAGGAUGAUUUCGAGAAGUUCAACAAAGAAUUUAGAGAUGACUGUAAAUUAAGAAUUGUGUCAUCAGAGUCUGCGGUGUCGUCGGAGGGCUCGUCGCUGUCGGAGCGUUCUCCGGCGGCAAGGCGGCGAGGGGCGGGGACGGGG